UAUAUAAUCAUUCAUGUAACUAGUCCACAACAAUUUCGUGUGAACUUUUUCAGUAUACCUACAAUAACUAAGUUUAUUAUUUUAUUGGUUUCACGAUUUAGGAAAAAUGGAAAGUUCCAUACCAAUUGAAAUCCAUGCUCAGAAGCUAAGUGAAUGGCUUAUGAGUAGAAAACACUGUAAAAAAGAUUGGCACACACAUAUACAACCUAUAAGAGAGAAAAUCAAUGCAGCCAUACAAGACAUGCCCGAAAACAAGGAAAUUGUUCAAUUAUUGUCUGGAACGUAUAUCAACUAUUUCUAUUGUAAACGUAUAAUAGAAAUAUUAAAAGAAACUGAAGCAGAUACAAAGAAUUUGUUUGGUUCGUAUGGUUCACAGAGGAUGAAGGAUUGGUUAGAAAUUGAAAAACUUUAUUUAAAAGAUAAUGUAUACUUGGCUGAAGCUUGUGACCUUCUUGUACAGAACAUUAAGUAUCAUAUACCUGUGAUAAAAAAGCAAAUAACUAAAGCACAGUCUGGACAAACUGACUGCGAUAAGAAAAUUGAGGAUUACACUAAAUCUAUUCAAACAUGUAAAAAAGAUUUGGAAACAUUGCGGAAACAGUUUUCUAUAGCUGAAGAUAAUUAUAGUUUUAAACGCACGCUUAUAGAACGUUUAAGUGAACUUCAAAAGGUAUAUGAAGAUGUCAUGUGCCAUGUGAAGAAUUUAAAAAAAUCUUAUAUUUAUUUUUCUUCAUUUGUUUCCAAAGUUCAGGGUACUGACAUCAACUUAAUUGUACUUCAAUACCUUUUGAAUAAUGGCAAUACUACUUACUAUGAAUAUUUAUAUGGGGAAAAACCAAGUAAAAUUGAAGAAGCUGUAAUUACCGUAGAAGAAAAUAUUAAGGACACAUCUGCUGAUGAAGAAAUUGAUUGGGGUAACUUGGAUGAUCCAUCAGAAGAUAUUGACUACGGUAUCUCUUUAGAAGAAAGUGGAAUAGUUGUUGAAAGUCCACAAGUUGAUGGGAGUGUUGCCAAAGGGAAUGAGGCAUUGUCUAUACUUGAUAAUUAUCAAACACGAAAUGAUUUUAUAAAUGACAUUUUAGAACUAGAAUCAUUUUUAAAUAUGCGUUUGCUAGAACUAUCGAAUGAUACCAACUCCUUGCUAUCGGUCCAAUCUGGAGGUGAAAUCAAUGAAUCUAAACCGGAGCUUGUUUCUAUGUUAGAUAUUAUAAAACUAAUUAAGCAAAAACUUAAUGAUCCAGUAGUUAAACAUUUGCAACAGAUUAAACAUUCACCAAGAUAUCUAAAUAAAUUAGAGGCAAUAUUUCUUCAAAAAGUCAAUAACAUUGAAAAAAUGAUAAACUCUCAAAUAGCUGUUGCUAAUAAAAAAAAAGAAUUUGCUGAAGAAUAUAAUCAGUUAGUGCCCAAGCUAAAAUUGAUACAACAGAAAAACAAACAAUUAAUUACUGAAAUUGAAUUUGACAUCUCCAAAAGGUACAAAAACCGGCCAGUGUACAUAAUUGGAACAUCAAUAUUUGGAUCUUAACACUUAGAAUGCUGUUGCCGUAAUACUCUUUGUUUGUUUGUCUUUCUUUUUUUAUUUGGAUCUUAACAAACUAAGCCAUUAUAAUUUCAAUAAUUUAAGAAUUUCAAGAAGAUAAUAUGUAUAUGGAUGUUACAGACAGUUAGGUUUAUUGAUGUAUAAUUAAAUGUCACACAAUUAUAUAUGGAAA